AUGGCCGACUCUCAACCCACAUCUUCCUCCAAGACCCCCACACCGGCACCAGACUCUUCACUUUUCUCACAACGAUCACGGCGGCAAUUUGGCCUAUUCAUGGGCGGUGCAGGAUUUGUCGCCCUUUCGGCUUUCAUUACUCGCAGAGCACUUGUAAGAAAGUAUUACGCGAUGCUGCCAAAAUUCUACACUCCCAGUAAUCGUGUACACGAAGUCGAUGGAUCUAUGGAGGCAUUGGAAGCAUUGAGCGUAGCGACUAUCAAUGUGGCUAGUAUAAGCGUCAUGCUCAGUGGAGGGCUAUUAUGGGCUUUCGAUAUUUCGACCGUCGACGAUAUGAGACAAAGAUAUCGAGCGAAGAUGGGAUUGCUCGCUCAAGAAACAAACCCAGAAGACGAGAAGCAAAUGGAGGAGUGGGUAGCUACGAUGAUGGCUAGAUUGAAUAUUGAUCCUAAGGAGUAUACUGCUGAGAAGGGCGCGAACGUUCUUGGAGAAAUGGGGAAGCAAGCAGAUGUAGAUACGGACCGGUCAAAGAAACCAUAG